AUGAACUCUUGGAAUGAUAGCAUCCACUUUUGCCAAUGGAAAGGUGUUUCAUGUGGUCGCCGACAUCAAAGGGUCACUGCGUUGGACCUGCACUCUCAAAAACUGGUAGGCUCUAUAUCCCCAAAUGUUGGAAAUUUAAGUCUUUUGUGGAAGCUAAACCUUGAAAACAAUAGCUUUUAUAAUGAAAUUCCUCAAGAAAUUGGCCGUUUGCGUAGACUACAAGUCUUGCUAUUGAACAAUAACACAAUAAGUGGAACGGUUCCUAGCAAUUUAUCCAAUUGUACCAAACUCUCAGUGUUUCAUGCUGCUGUUAAUAAUCUGGUUGGAGAAAUCCCCACAAAGCUUGGCACCUUGUCAAAGCUUCAAACAUUUGCUAUUCAUAAAAAUAAUCUAAUAGGAAUCAUCCCACCUUCUUUUGGAAACUUAUCAUCUCUAGAAGGUUUUUCUGUAGCUUAUAAUAACCUGAGUGGGAGUAUCCCUGAUUCUUUUGGCCAAUUGACCAAACUUAAAAUCUUUGCUGUGGGUUCAAAUAGGUUGUCUGGUACAAUUCCUCCCUUGUUCUUCAAUAUCUCUUCAAUAACAAAGAUUGAUGUAGCAGUUAACCAAAUCCAAGGGCAUCUUCCAUCGGACAUAGGUAUCACUCUACCAAAUUUAGAAACAUUUACCAUCAGCAACAACCAAUUUAUUGGAUCUAUCCCUAUUUCAAUAUCUAGUGCCUCGAAUUUACAUAUACUAAAUUUGGCUGAGAAUAAACUAACUGGAAAAGUUCCUUCUUUAGAGAAGCUAAAUAGAGUGAGGUUGUUUUCCAUUGCCGAAAACCAGCUUGGAAAUGGAGGAGCAAAUGACUUGAGUUUUCUCUGUUCUUUGUCAAAUGCUACCAACCUAAGAGAUUUGGAGAUAAAUACCAACAACUUUGGGGGGGAGUUGCCUAAAUGUAUUGGCAACAUCUCAACUAGUCUUACCUUUUUCUAUUUGAAUAAUAAUAAAAUAUUUGGAAAUAUUCCUAGUGUUAUAGGGAAUCUGAUCAACCUGGAGGAUAUAGAAAUGUGGAACAAUAAAUUUUCAGGAGACAAUAAUCUUCAGGGAAGCAUCCCUUCAAGUCUAAGUCAAUGCCAAAAUUUGAUAACUUUUCAUCUUCCCCGUAAUAAUCUUAGCGGUAUCAUAUCCUCCCAAGUUAUUGGUCUCUCAUUUUCACCAAAUAGCCUUGACUUCUCUGGCAACCAAUUCACUGGUGUCCUUCCCAUGGAAAUAGGAAAUUUGAAAAAUUUAGAACAUUUGGAUACUUCUGAAAAUAUGUUGUCUGGUAAAAUACCAGAACGUCUUGCAUGUUGUGUAAAGCUAGAAUUUCUAGCCAUGAGAAGAAACUUUUUCCAAGGGGUUGUUCCUUCAUCUUGGAAAUCAUUAAGAGGUCUUGAACAUUUAGACCUUUCUAACAAUAAUUUUUCUGGCAUGAUUCCAAAUUUUUUGGAGAGUUUUGAUUUCUUGAAAUUAUUGAAUCUCUCGUACAACCAUUUUGAGGGUGAGGUACCAACAAAUGGAGUUUUCAAGAAUGCAAGUGCAACUUCAAUUAAGGGAAAUGGUAAGCUUUGUGGGGGCAUACCAAAGUUUCAACUUCCUAACUGCAACAAUAAAAAAUCCAAGAAGAGCAGGUUGACUCUUACGUUGAAGCGGAUAAUCUUUAUACUCUUCGGGCUUCUUGGAGUAACUUUGGUUCUAUCGUUUUUAUUUCUAUGUUCUUCAAGGAAAAAAAAGAGAGAAAAUACCUCAAGUGAUUCAAUAAAUUUAUUUUUGAAUGUAUCUUACCAAAGUCUCCUGAAUGCUACUAAUAGAUUUUCUUUUGAUAAUCUAAUUGGUGUGGGUAGUUUUGGGUCAGUGUAUAAAGGAACUCUUGAUCAAUAUAGACAUGCAGUUGCUAUCAAGGUGUUGAACCUUGGGCGCCAUGGAGCUUCCAAAAGUUUCAAAGUCGAGUGUGAGGUUCUAAGAAACAUCAAACAUCGAAAUCUUGUACAGUUGCUCACAGCAUGUUCGAGCAUUGACAAUCAAGGUCAUGAUUUUAAGGCUUUGGUAUACGAGUUCUUGGGAAAUGGCAACCUAGAUGAGUGGUUACAUCCAAGUCCAAGAACAAAUGAUGCUCUUGAGAAACCAAGAAAGUUGAGUUUUCUUCAAAGAUUGAAUAUCGCUAUUGAUGUUGCUAGUGCAUUGGAAUAUCUUCAUUAUCAUUGUGAAACACCAAUUGUUCAUUGUGACCUCAAGCCUAGCAAUGUUCUUCUCGAUGAUGAAAUGGUUGGACAUGUAAGUGAUUUCGGCUUGGCAAGAUUCCUUCAUGAUAUUAUCCAAGAUUCUUCUACUAAUCAAAUAAGCUCCAUUGGGGUUAGAGGAACGAUUGGUUAUACUCCUCCAGAAUAUGGAAUGGGAAAUGAGGUGUCAAUAUAUGGUGACGUUUAUAGUUACGGUAUAUUAUUAUUAGAGAUUUUCACUGGAAAAAGACCAACAGAUAACAUGUUCCACGAUAGCUUAAGUCUUCGUGACUUUGUCAAAGAAACUUUGCCGGAACAAAUAAUUGACAUUAUAGAUCCUGCUGUUCUCGGGGAAAGACAAAAGGGAGAAAGAAGGAUGAAUGACACUUGUAAUGGGAAUCGAAAUGGAAGUUCCAAAGUUCAUGAAUGCUUAAUUUUGAUACUUGGAAUUGGAGUUGCUUGUUCCACUGAAAUUUCGAGAGAAAGGAUGAAUAUCAGUGCUGUUGUAGCUGAUUUGCUUUCAAUUCGGCAAAACUUUCUUAGAACCCGUAUAUACACUACUCAGACAGAAGAAACUAAAGAGAUUGAGGUUGUUUUCCAUUGCCAAAAACCUGUUGGAAAUGGAGGAGCAAAUGACUUGAGUUUUCUCUUUUCUUUGUCAAAUUCCAUCAACCUAAGAGAUUUGGAGAUAAAUACCAACAACUUUGAAGGGGAGUUGCCUAAAUGCAUUGGCAACAUCUCAACUACUCUUACCUUUUUCUAUUUGAACAAUAAUAAAAUAUUUAGAAAUAUUCCUGGUGUGAUAGGAAAUCUGAUCAACUUGGAAGACAUAGAAAUGUGGAAUAACAAAUUUUCAGGCAACAUUCCCUCUAUACUUGGAAACCUUCAGAAAUUACAAUUUUUGGAUUUAUCUCAAAACAAUUUCAUUGGGAACAUUCCUUCAUCUCUUGGAAAUUUAACAAAUUUGUUGGAGUUGUAUAUAGGUUACAAUAAUCUUCAAGGAAGCAUCCCUUCAAGUCUUAGUCAAUGUCAAAAUUUGUUAAUUUUUAAUCUUUCUAAUAACAAUCUUAGCGGUAACAUAUCAUUGCAAGUUAUUGGUCUCUCAUUUUCACAAAAUAGCCUUGACUUGUCUGGCAACCAAUCCACUGGUUUCAUUCACAUGAAAAUAGGGAAUUUAAUAAAUAUAGAACAUUUGGAUAUUUCUAAAUACUUGUUGUUUGUUGAAAUUCCUGCAACUCUUAAAAGUUGUGUAAAGCUAGAAUUUCUAGCCAUGAGAAGAAAUUUCUUCCAAGGGGAUGUUCCUUCGUCUUUGGAAUCAUUAAGAGGCCUUGAACAUUUUGACCUUUCCGGCAAUAAUUUUUCUGGAAAGAUUCCAAAAUUUUUGGAGAGCUUUGAUUUCUUGCAAUUAUUAAAUCUAUCAUACAACCAUUUUAAGGGUGAGGUACCAUCAAAUGGAGUUUUCAUGAAUGCAAGUGCAAUUUCGAUUAAGGGAAAUGAUGAGCUUUGUGGGGGCAUACCAAAUUUUCAACUUCCUAAAUGCAAAAACAAAAAAUCCAAGUAG